AAAUUUAUACAAUCUUUGUUUUGUGGGCAGCUAUUGUUUUCGAUUUCCUGUGGCAAAUAGUCACAAAAUUUGCAAUGCUAAUUUUGUCUUAUUCAUUACAGCGGUGAAAAGGACAUGAAAUAUUGUUCGCGUCGUCUCGACCUUCGCGCGAGCAUACGGUUUUUCUCUCCGACGAUGCCUUGAAAAAAACCCGGCGAUAAGAUUUUUCGAAAUUGGAAUUAACCCCGGCUACCGAAUUUCUAUCAGCUUGAAACCAUGUGCGAUCGAAUCAAGGAACUCUUUUGUAAACUCAGCCCGGAGGUGGGAAAGAAGCCCUCGGACUCGACAAACUGGUUGAAUAUACUAUGUUUCUGCGUCUUCGGGACACUGUCCUUCUUCAACCAAGAAAUGCUUUACACCGCAUCGGAGGACAUCCUCAGUGGCCGACAACUCCCAACAGCGACAAUACUCGUGUGCUUUGUGACCCCGUUGAUGAUCACAAAAAUUAUCGCACCCUGGUUUAUACAAAAGAUUCCUUACUUCGUGAAGGUUUCUCUCAUCGUUCUGUGCAUGACUCUGGGACUUGUUCUCAUCGUUUUUGUUGAUGAUAUUAAAGUAAAGCUGGUAGGAAUCGCGUUAAACGCGAUGGCGACCGGGGCUUGUGAAGUUACAUUUCUUGGCCUCACUUCGUUUUACCCACAGAUUUGCAUAAGCGCUUUCAUCGCAGGCACUGGAAUGGCUUCGCUGUUCUCUCCGCUCUACUAUACAGGUCUCACCACAUGGGGUUGCACCUCUCCGAAGACGGCCAUCAUGAUAACGAUUCCUUUACCUUUGCUUAUCUUGGUGUUCUACGCAGUGCUGGACAAGGAUUACAUCACGAACGGCUCGUACAGCAGACCCAAGGAACACAUUGAGGUGGAGUACACGAUAGUAGCAUCUGACACCGCUGACACCACAGACAGUGCGCAUGUCACCAAAGGCAAAGUCGCCACUAAUUCACAAAAACUCCCAUGCGGCGAAAAGCUAAGAAUUGGAUUGAGGAUUCUGCCGUUCAUCAUUCCAUUAUUCCUGAGCUUCUUUGCAGAGUACCUGUCCAAUUCUUCUGUGAUUACCACGAUCGCCUUCCCUAAAUCUCAAGUGCUUCCCCGAGAUCACUUCCUAUACUACUCGCUCUCUUACAGAAUCGGCAAGUUCAUCGGCAGAAGCUAUCUGUUUAUAUUCGCUUGCCUCCCGCCUGACGCCAUCGACUUCCUGAAAUGUGACAGAACGUGGAUCUUCGCAGCCUUGGAGAUAGCUCAUCUGAUCUUCUUCCUCUUCGAAUCCUGGUACCAUUUCGUCUGGUACAUCUGGAUAAUUAUUUCUCUGUGUUCCACCCUCGGGUUAGUAGCUGGAAUGAUCGUCCUGCACUCGCCCCACGCUGUCGCACGGCAUAUUGCACCCGAGGAGAGAGAGUUUGCCCUGGGACUCUUGACAUCUGGUAAUGCCGUGGGAGCGUUUGUGGCCGGGUUGCUUGGCCUGGUUGUGGAACCUUACCUGACGGAGAAAUGCCUCCAACAUUUCUCCGCCACCAGAGAAUUCUGCUUCACAAGACAUCGGAACACCACAGGAUGGGAAACUAAUAUUCAUUGUUAAAUUAUCUCAGAAAAUCAAACGAGGAUGAAGAGUAUAAAAGCGAGUGAAUCCCCGUGUAGACCUGUUUUGACAUAGUACCCAGUCCUCCUGUGGAUAAUGUUACACGUGCGUCGCGUGGAUGUUUUCGUGGAUAACAAAAAUACGUUCAAACUGCUUCAGCUGUCAACGUGAGUAAAAUUCUUGUCACAGGAUCGGCGACUUUUAGACCUUCUUGGGAUUUCUGAAGCCAAGAAUGAUCUAAAAAUAACUUAAGAGGGAUUAAUUAGAGAAUAAGGACUAUAUGAGGGAUUAACCGGAUGUUACCCUUCAUCUUCUCUUGGUGAAAGACACUAUUUAUUUUUCAGUUGCGUAUUUAUGAACUAGUAAGAAUUCUGAGGCCCAGUCCAAACUAUGCCGGAGAAAUUCGAAAACGGUAUUUUCACUCUGAAAACACAAAUGUUCUCCGCCGGAGGAAUUUGAAAA